AUGCCAUUAGCGCCGAUUCCAAUGAUGUCUGUUCCUACAAAGCCUAAAAUUGGUUUCUCCAUCGACUCGAUCGUCGGCGGAACUGGAAGCAAUAGGAUUCAAUAUUCCAUUAAUAACAAAACGGAUAGGAAUCACGAUAAAACAAUCGUGGACAAUUGUAAAAUUCAAACGUCGAAAUCUUCCACGUUCCCAAACGACGAACCCGAAGACGAAGAAGAUGACGAAGAAGACGAAAUAAUUAAUCCGGGGAGUCCGUCGAGCGACGUAUCGAAUAAAUUCGAAAGCAGAUCGCCUGCGGAUUUGCGUUACAACGGAAACAGGACUCCUAUAGACGCGAGCCCCACGAAUUUAAUAAUAAAAAACAAUUCGGCGUUUCGUAGCGGAUCUCCGUUUCCCACCGAAGGAAAGAUAUCUUCAUAUCGUUAUCCUAAAACCGCGUCCCCUCACCGAUCGACCGAUCAAGAUAUAUCUAAAUUUGAAAGUUCCAUUCAUUCGAACAGUCCUAGAAGUUCGAUAAGUCCCGCGAGUGGAGAAAGAACUAGUUUAAGUCCGAAAGCCUCAUUGAUAAAGCCCUCGGUGUUGACACCGGCCAACGUUGUGCCGUUCGGAAGCGAAAUGAACGCAGCAGCAGCUCUCAAAGGGAUCUACCUGCCUACGGAUCCGGUCAUGCACGGAGUGGGUCACCCGAGUCAUCACCAUCAUCCUCAUCCGUUGGCACUGGCAGCCGCAGCUCAGCAUUUUCAAGCUGCAGGUUUGGCCGCGGCAAUAGCACAACAUCAACAGCAGCCGGGAGGUUUUCUAUCUUCGGGUCCGCCAAGCCACUUGCCCCCGGGUCAUCCGGGACAUCACGGACCGCAAAUACCACCGCGAGACACGUAUCCCUUAUAUCCGUGGCUAUUAUCCAGGCACGGAAGGAUAUUUUCGCAUAGAUUUCCGGGAGGUCCGGAUAUUCCUGGUUUUCUCCUGCAGCCUUUUAGAAAGCCAAAGAGAAUACGAACGGCGUUUAGUCCGAGUCAAUUGUUGAAAUUAGAACACGCAUUUGAAAAAAAUCAUUACGUUGUAGGAGCCGAAAGGAAGCAAUUAGCUCAAUCUCUCAGUUUGACAGAAACUCAGGUGAAAGUAUGGUUUCAAAAUCGCAGGACCAAACAUAAAAGAAUGCAACAGGAAGAAGAAGCCAAAGCCCAACAGCAAUCGUCUUCGACUGGAAGUUCUAAAAAUUCCCAUCACGUCAACAAAUGGAAAGUUGAAACUCAAAACAGCUCCCAAUCGACUACAGCAUCCGAUGGAACCCAAUACAUAGAAUACGACGAAGACGAAAUCGGAUCUUCUGGAGAAGAAGCGUGA